UGUCACUUCCUGUUUGGGAAAGUGCAGGAACAGAGAGAGGAGAGUAGAGCUCGCGUUGCUGGCAGCAUAAAUUCGUUGGUGUUUCUGCUGGACAGAGCGGCAGUCAGGUUUGAUCAUGAUUGAAGUUGUUUGUAAUGACCGUUUGGGGAAAAAAGUCCGUGUAAAGUGCAACUCAGAAGAUACGAUAAGAGAUCUUAAGAAGCUCAUCGCAGCCCAGACAGGAACCAGAUACGACAAGAUUAUAUUAAAGAAAUGGUACACCAUCUUCAAAGACCAUGUCUCAUUAAGUGACUAUGAAAUUCAUGAUGGGAUGAACCUCGAGUUAUAUUAUCAGUGAUUUUGUGUGGGUGGUACCACAACUGUGCAGUGGUGAUGUGUCCUGGGAGAUACGGUGGAUCUGACAGCCCUGGUGCAGACAACGAUGCAAAAUGUGAUUUAAAUAAAAAAAUAUUAAGCAGGCUGGGGAGAGUGUGCAACCCUUAUUUACUCAAAUUUAACAGACAAAUCCUUUAAAUAAAAUUACCAGACCUUUUUUAAACUGCUUGUAUUUCCGCCUAUGAACACUGCCACUUUUGGCUUCAAACUGAAGCCUUUCUAAUGAUUAUGCCUUACUCAACAUCCCAGUCAUUGACAAAGGAAACCGAAUUGAUGCAAAGAAGAACAAUACAUUCUCUGAUCCUCUGUGGUGGAUACAUUCUAUAUUUGUAAAUGUAUAAUCAAUUAGAACAUACUUUGUGUGGAAUCUGCAGGGGAGAUGGGGGUGAGGAACAAACAGUUUCAAACCAUUUAUGAUCUUGUUCAUUGGUUAUGAUACGUAGUUGUAGUGUUGUAUCAAUAGAAAUCUAGCUGUGUUUGUAACUGGAUUGAAAUACAUUUUGUGUAAUAGUCUAUUAUUAAAAGAAAAUGUCCAA